GUGGUGCCAUCUGUUCCAAAUUGGAUGAGUCAUUUGUUAAAUUGAAAACAAAUGGAUUUUGAUAGUUGAAAAAUAAUGCCAAAUAAUUUUCGAAAUGAGAAAUUAUUCCGUUCAAAAAUGAGAGAAAAGGGUCAGAGUUGCAAGCCGUCGCGUUCGUAAGAGAGAUUGAUGGCUGGUAUUAGUUGGUACCAAUCAAAUGGAAAAUGCUCCACCCAAGAGCACGGAAUGAGCUCCGACCAAAUCCCCCUGUACUCUUUAGGAGAUGUCCAACUGCGGUUCCUCUGCCCUGAGGAUCUAGACGAGGUGCGAGCCCUGUGCCAGGACUGGUUCCCCAUCGAGUACCCCUUCUACUGGUACGAGGAGAUCACGUCGAGCACCAGGUUCUAUUCUCUCGCAGCAGUGUACAACCAGGCCAUAAUCGGGUUAAUUGUGGCCGAAAUCAAACCGUACGCUAGUCUCAAUGAGGAGGACUCGGGGAUCCUUGCAAAAAAAUUCGCCGAGCGCUCGGACAUCGCCUAUAUUUUGUCCUUGGGGGUCCUCAAACAGUACCGCAGAAACGGGAUUGCCUCUCUAUUAUUAGAUUCCCUCAUUACACACCUGACCACUAGCGAAAGGAGGAAAGUCAAGGCUGUCUUUUUGCAUGUGCUUACAACGAAUUCCGCUGCCAUUAAAUUUUAUGAACAUAGAAAAUUUAGACUUCACAGUUUUUUGCCUUAUUAUUAUUCGAUUAAAGGUCGGUGCAAAGAUGGGUUCAUGUAUGUGCUCUACAUCAAUGGGGGCCAUCCGCCGUGGACAAUCUAUGAUUAUGUUAAAUUCAUGUGUGGGAAGGUGUUGAGCGGCGGGGGAUUUUUUCCAUGGAUUUUACUCAACGUAAAUCGAGCCAUUCAAUGGAUUUGGAACUCCAAAUCCAACACCCAACAUGAAGAAAAUUAACUAUUUAAUCUAGUCCAACAAACCAGUUCCCCACGUCUGGAACUACGUUUGUUACGUUUUGUAUAUAUUAGGGCGAUUUAGUCAGUCAUCACUCAGAAAUUACUGUUAUUUCAGGUACCUGUUGUAAACAUUUUUAAAUUUAAUAUAUUCAUUACUUGAGU